UCCGCGUCAAACAAACUCCAACUCCGACUAAAAGCUCCACCAUCCAAAGAUCCAUCCUCAAAGAUCAGUGACAAAAUCCGCAACGAAACGAAACGAACCGAGAAACAAUAUAUCAGAAAGCUCCCUGUAAAAUGCAGUCCAGUUGUGUGUUAGUGAUCGUCUUGGGCUUUGCCGCCUUGGUGGCGGCUCGUCCAGAGCCCCCACGUGACUCGUACAGUGUCCCACCGUCGAGCAGCUACCAGCCGAGUGGACCAAGCGGGGGAUAUGGAGCCCCUGCGCCACAAUAUGGACCUCCACAGCAGCCACCAGUGGUGCAUAAGCAUGUGUACGUCCAUGUCCCACCACCAGAGCCAGAGUACCAGGCACCCAGGAAACCUCUGUACGUGCCACCACCACAAAAGCACUACAAGAUUGUGUUUAUCAAGGCACCAUCCGCGCCCGCACCCACUGCACCCAUCAUUCCACAGUACCCGCAGAACGAGGAGAAGACUCUGGUCUACGUGCUGGUGAAGAAGCCAGAGGAUCAGCCUGAGAUCAUCAUCCCGACGCCGGCGCCCACACAGCCCAGCAAGCCGGAGGUGUACUUUAUCCGCUACAAGACCCAGAAGGAGGAGACCGGACCCUAUCCCAACAGUGUGGCGCCUCCAGCACCAGAGUAUGGUGCCCCGGCUGGACCACCAGCCCCAUCCGCUCCCAGUAGCUCCUAUGGCGCACCAUCGCACUAAGUGGAACAUCAACACUCCCGUGAACAUCCCGCACAACCGCAACCGAAUCUCAACCCCAGCUCAUGGCAAUCCCUUACACCAUAUCUAUAAUAUUUUUGCUAUGGAAAUCUCGAAGAACUCUCGACCAUCGUCUAUCCUCAUCCCAUUUAUGGUUGUUUCAUGUGUAAUUUUUUACCUCUGAGGUUGUUUCUACAAACCUAUGUAUGAGAACAUUUCCCAUCUAGGCUGUUUGUUUCAAAUUGUUUGUUUAGUCUUAAGUGUUCUAGAUCUUUAAGAAAAAAGAAAGAUGCGUUAUACACACACACACACUCACAUUCGACAUACACACGAUCACCACUGCGAUAGCAAUAGCGAUCAGUUACUGACACCGAUACUUGAUUCAUCCCAUAUGCAUUUUCCCUAGGCAAAUUACACCAACAAACGAGAGAAUUUUCCAAACAUUGCUGUUGCUGUUGUUUUGCACACAAUAUUAUUGAGUAAUGAGAAUGCAAAAGACAGAAAUUAAAAAAAAAUUACAACAAAAAAAUGAAAGAAACGAUAUAUAAUGAUACUCAAGUACGAUAUGUAUGUUUAUCUUAGAAAACGAUAACAUCAAUGGCUAAAUAAACGUUUAAC